CGACCCACCGUCGUCAACUCGUUUUCAGCCAGAUUGGCAGAGAUACUCUCCUAAGGUGAUAAAGCUACCGGCUCGAACGCCGAUUUACACAGCGCCAAGUAGGUUAAAAUCCAACAUCCAAAGAGCAACCGCUUCUCAGUCAUUCGGCGGCUGCAUUGGUGCGUGGUUACUAUCUUGGCGUAGACAGUAAAACAAUCCGAAACAAAAAACCAAGUCAUUGUACUUAUCUGGGUGAAUCCGUUUCGAUUAGAUUGUUAGUGUGCUCAUAGCAAUCUGGCAGAGCAGUUCGGCCGCGUUCAAUCAGUGUCCAAAGUGACUUAAAAGUGUCAAAUGUAACAGUCGUAAAAUGUCGGAACUAACGACGUUCAUCUACGGCAUUCUGAUCUUCCUGGUGUUUGCUCCGUUCCUGCAAUGGUGGGUCAAGCGGGCUCGGCUGGUGCAGAUUAUCGACAAAAUACCCGGUCCCAAGGCGUACCCCUUCAUCGGAACGACGUAUACGUUUUUCGGAAAGAAACAUUACGAGCUGUUCUACAUAAUCGACGAGCGGACCCGCCGCUAUCCGGACAUCCACCGCGUCUGGACCGGAAUGCGACCGGAGAUUCGAAUUAGCAAGCCGGAAUAUGUGGAAACGAUAAUCGGCGCCAGCAAACACAUGGAAAAGUCCCACGGGUAUGACUUCCUGAUGGAGUGGCUUGGCGAGGGCCUGCUGACGUCCAAAGGUGAACGGUGGUUUCAGCAUCGCAAGCUCAUAACACCGACGUUCCACUUCAACAUUCUGGAUGGCUUUUGCGACGUGUUUGCCGAGCAGGGAGCCGUUCUGGUCCAGCGAUUGGAACCGUUUGCAGACACCGGAAAACCGGUCGAUGUUUUCCCCUUCAUCACGAAAGCUGCCCUGGACAUCAUUUGCGAAACUGCCAUGGGGGUCAAAGUGAAUGCUCAAACCGUCGGGGAAAACGAAUACGUCAAUGCUAUUUAUGCAGUGAGCCAAAUAUUUGUUGAUCGAUCCAUUAGACCGUGGCUACAUCCCGAAUUCAUUUUCAAACGCACCGAGUAUGGGCGUCAGCACAAAAAAGCACUGGGAAUCAUUCAUGGAUACACAAAGAAGGUCAUUCGCGAUCGGAAGGAAGCGCUGCAGAAGAGCGGAACCCAAGGGGCGGCGGUGGAUGCUGCUGCCGGAGAAGAUCUGUACUUUGGAACGAAAAAGAGACUGGCAUUCCUGGAUCUGCUGCUGCAGGGCAACGAAAAGCACCGGCAACUUACCGAUGACGACGUGCGUGAAGAGGUUGACACGUUUAUGUUCGAGGGCCACGACACGACGACGGCCGGCAUGAGCUGGGCUCUGUUCCUUCUUGGGUUGCAUCCGGACGUGCAGGACCGAGUGCAUCAGGAAAUUGAUUCGAUUUUCGCUGGCUCCGACCGGCCGGCCACGAUGAAGGAUCUCGGCGAGAUGAAACUGCUGGAACGGUGCCUGAAGGAAACGCUCCGGCUCUAUCCAUCCGUGUCGUUCUUCGGUCGCAAACUAAGCGAGGACGUCACCCUGGGCCAGUACUUCAUCCCGGCCGGAACGCUGAUGGGCAUCCAUGCGUAUCACGUGCAUCGCGACGAAAGAUUUUAUCCCGACCCGGAGAAAUUCGACCCGGAUCGUUUCCUACCGGAGAACACGGAACAUCGUCACCCAUUUGCAUAUAUCCCAUUCAGUGCUGGACCACGUAACUGUAUUGGACAGAAGUUUGCCAUUCUGGAGGAAAAAAGCAUCGUGUCGUCUAUUCUUCGGAAAUUCCGCGUGCGUUCGGCCAACACACGCGAUGAGCAGAAGAUUUGCCAGGAAUUGAUUACUCGCCCGAACAAAGGUAUCAGGCUGUAUUUGGAAAGGCGAGGCUGAAGAUUUUGUUGAUAUGAAUUGAUAUUACAUUGCAGUUGGUUUUAGGAAUAAAUAAAGGUGCAACGAUUGUUGACUUAUA